CUAUGAUUUGUAAUAAUUUGUUCACAGAUUACUUUAGAGUUUAGACAGACAAUACAAUUUGUUGCAACUUGCAAUAGAACCGUUUGUGAUAUUUUGUUCGUUCAGUAUUAUUUUAUUAAUUAAUGUAAUCUAAAAAAACAAAAGGUGAAAAUGUGGCGACCAACUUUUACUAUCCUGCGCAAGGUUGUGUUUCCCUCAAUUAAGGAAAAUACAAGUUUGACAAAAUUGUUUUACUCGACAAAAGCCGCUCCCAGGUCGACUGCAAAGUUAACCUUAAUCAGUGCUAGUGUUGGUGUUUUGAUUGGAGCUGGCUAUGGAGGAUAUACACAUUAUAAAAUAAAUAUGAAAAAGGCAUCUCCCUCUGUUGAGAACGAGGAAUAUGCGUUAAAAGAUGCCCCAAAAUAUGAAGCUCACUAUAAGGUGAUUAAAGAAUCAGACACAAGCAACUUACAGCUAGUACUGUUCCAAUAUCAAACUUGCCCGUUUUGCUGCAAGGUUCGUGCAUAUCUUGAUGCUCGUGGUAUAAGCUAUGAAAUUGUUGAAGUUGAUGCAGUCCUACGCCAAGCAGUGAAAUGGUCGGCUUACAAGAAAGUACCUAUAUUGUUAGCCAAAGUAGAUGGUGGAUAUCAGCAACUACUUGACAGCACAGCCAUUAUAUCAGUGCUGGAAACAUAUAUGAUGGAUAAGUCAUAUCAAUUACGAGAUUUAAUAAAGUUUUAUCCGAUGACUCGUUUUGUGGAUGACACUGGAAAAAUUACAAGUGACGUGACAAAUAAAUAUUUUAUCAUGCACAACAGUGCUGUACCUGAUGAAAAACAACGCAUCAUUGAAGCUGAAGAACGUCAAUGGCGUCAAUGGGCAGAUCGUGUUCUCGUGCACACACUAUCGCCAAAUGUCUACAGAACACCAACUGAAUCAUUGGAAACUUUCAAGUGGUUUGAGGAAGCUGGAGGGUGGAAACGAUCGUUCCCUGCUUGGGAAUGUGCUGUGAUGGUGUAUGUGGGCGCUGCAGCCAUGUGGGUUAUAGGAAAGAGGUUAAAGAAAAGACACAACAUAAAAGAUGAUGUCAGACAGUCAUUAUAUGAUGCAGCUAAUGACUGGGUGAAUGUUAUAAAUAAGAAAGGAACACAAUUUCUCGGUGGCAAGAAACCAAAUCUAGCCGACAUUUCUGUGUAUGGCAUAUUGAGCAGUAUUGAAGGUUGCCAAGCGUUCCAAGACCUGAGAGACAAUACAGACAUCGGCAAAUGGUUUGACGACAUGAAGGCAAGUAUGAAUGAAAGUCGUGGUAAAUUAGUGGCACUGUAAAAGAUUCAACCUUUAGGAAUAUACAGGGUACUGGAGAGUAUUUCCCAUAACUUCAAGGUGUUGACGAGUCCACUUAUAGGAGACAAACUGCAUAAGUAAUAUUUUUUUAACUAAAAAAUAAAAAUUUAAAAAACAAAAGAAAUAUUAUUUACCCCGAAAAUAUUAAUUUUAGUACAUAAGUUCCUUGAACAUAUUUAGUUAAUUUUCGGUAAAGAAUAUAACCCCAGAGUUAUGGGAAAUACUCCCAAGCACCCAUAUAUUUUUCUAAUGUGGUUGUAAUUUAGACUAUGCAUAAUAAUGUAUCCCAUUUUGUCUUGCAUGUAAUAUUUUAAUUUAAAUGUAAUAUUUAUUUUAACAUGUAGAGAAGCGUACAUGGAUACCUGUAGUUCUGGAUUUUAUUUGCAAUCAUGAAAUGAGUUGUUUUAUCUACAAACCGUCAAUGUGAUAAAUGCUUGAAGCAAGCAAUAAUUAUCCAGUUGAAUUAAAUUACUUUAUUUUUUUCUUUUUUAAUGUCUGCUGACAAAAAAGAAACAGGUAUUAAAUAAUUAUGCUUAAUAUUUUAUGCGGUUGUAUGUGAAAUUUAAAUUAUUUGUUUGAUGUUUAAUUAACAGUAAAUAUCAAAAGUACCUGACAUUAAAUGCAAAGAUGAAAUGCAAAGAUGAAAUGCAAAUGCUCAAUAGAAAUUACAUUAAAACAUUUUAUCCCCUUAACAUAUUUAUCAUAUUUAUUCAAACAUGUAGUAGGUAAGUAACCUGUAGUCACUAUAAACUAUACUAUAAAAAAAGUGAUGUGUGACAUACUUGAAUAAACGGAUUUUUUCAUAAUGUUAAAAGUAUUUAUGCAAACUUUGUGUCUAUUUAUUAAACUUUAAUAUCUAUUUUUAUAAGAUAAUAAUAAGGUAUCUGAUUACAUACAUAUAAUUAUGUCUUUUUGCAUACAAUAAUACAUAUGGGUACAAUUUAAUAUAUUACGAGUAUCACAAUCCAAAGACAAAAAUAAAUAUACUGUAUAUUAGAAAUUACUGCGAUGUUUAAAUGUGUGAAAAUAUUAAUUUGUUGAUGUAAUGAAAUUACUCAAUCAACAUAUAAUUUUCAUUGACAUUGAUUAACAUAUUUUAAUUACUCAUGUAAGGUCAAAAUAAGUGAUGAAAUUCCUAUUUCCUUGAUUGGUGAUAUUAGCUUACUAAUCAAUGUAUGAUUUUAAAAGAAGUUGAAAAACAAAACAUUUUAAAGCUUACAAAGCAUUCACUUAUUUUGAAAUAUACCUAAUAUAUUCAAUUAGCUGUAGCAACAUUAAUAUACAUUUAUAAUAAAAAUUGAAUCCAAUUUA